UCAAGGACAGCUCCAGCCUGAGCCAACACCAGAUGAUCCACACUGGGGAACAGCCCUACACUUGUGGGGAAUGUGGGAAGAGCUUCAGGAAGAGCUCUCACCUGAUCCAACACAAGCACAUCCACACUGGGGAACGGCCCUACACGUGUGGGGAAUGUGGGAAGAGCUUCAACUGCAGCUCCAACCUCCUCAGUCACCAGCACAUCCACAGUGGGGGACGACCAUAUGAGUGUGUGGAAUGUGGGAAGAGCUUCAACUGCAAAUCCACCCUGAUCCGACACAAGCACGUCCACACUGGGGAACGGCCCUACAAGUGCUUGGAAUGUGGGAAGAGGUUUCCGACCAGCGGGAAUCUCCUGAAGCACCAGCGGACGCACACGGAUGAGAGGCCCUUCCGCUGCACCGACUGCGGGAAGGGCUUCAACCAGAACGGCAACCUCGUCAGGCACCGGCGCAUCCACACUGGGGAGAGGCCCUACAAGUGUGGGGAAUGUGGGAAGAGCUUCCCCCAGAGUUCUAACUUGACCAAACACCAACGGACCCACCAGUAAGGGAAGCCCUACGAGUGCCUUGACUGCAGGAAGAGUUUUGGCUGCUACUUCCACCCCGAAUGAACCCCCUGAUGGUGAGGCAGCUCCUGGAGUCCAGU